AAAUUGACCCCGCCCCUCUCUCUACAGGCCCGGCCCCGCCCCCAGCACUGGAAUCGGCCGGGCCUAGGCGUCCGCCAGCGGAUUUUCCGCGGUUGCGGCUGUUGGAGUAGGCGGAGCCUGGGCGGAGCCUGCGACUAUUUUAGGCGGGUCCCUCCAGGGCCGGGACUAAGGCGUCCUGUCCUGGACACAGCCUGAGCCAGGGUGAUGCUGAAGAUGGUGACUUUCUUCCAAGGGCUUCCUGGCCAGCAGUCAGUGCCAGGGACCCUGGACCUCCCUGGAAGCCCCCAAAAGCCACGCUCCACAUCCGAGGCAGGAUCAGAGACCUCCAUGUCUGAGGCUUCCUCUGAGGACCUGAUACCGUCUCAGGAGGCUCCUGAAGGGGAGGAGGAGUCUGCGAAGAAGAAGGAGAAGAAAUCCAAAGGACUGGCCAAUAUGUUCAGUGUCUUCACCAAAGGGAAAAAGAAGAAAAAGGACCAGCCCAGAUUAUCAGAUCCGGAGGUGCAGCCCAAGUCCAGGCCCGAGGAAGCUGGUCCACUGCCCACAGUGGAGGAGCUCAAAGAGGCCCUGGAGCUCGGGCGGCUGGAGGUGGCGUGGCAGGUGCUGGCUUUGGAGCGGCAGCUCGAGGCUGCUGCGGCGGCAGGUGGCACGAGCGACGAGGAGCUGGUGUGGCGGCAGAGCAAGGUGGAGGCGCUGUAUGUACUGCUGCGCGACCAGGUGCUCAGGGUGCUGCGGCGGCCGCUGGAGGCGGCACCCGAGCGGCUGAGCCAGGCGCUGGCAGUGGUGUCGCAGGAGGAGCUGGAAGACCGCCGGGCGUCCCGGGGACCUUUGGCAACUGCACUAGCAAUCACACGCCCGCGGCGAUGGCUGCAGCUGUGGAGGGGCGUCGUGGCGGAGGUAGCAGCCGAGCGUCUGGACGCGCAGCCCGCCUUUGUGCCCGAGGGCCGCUCCGAGGCGGAGAACAGAUUCCUGCACAUGGGCCGCACCAUGAGGGAGGACAUGGAGGUGGUGGUGGAGCGGCUGAAACCGCUGUUCCCCGAAGAGUUCAACGUUGUGCACACCUACGCAGAGAGCUACCACGAACACUUCGCCACCCACCUGUGCACCUUGGCGCAGUUCGAGCUAUGUGAAAGGGACACCUACUUGCUGCUCCUCUGGGUGCAGAACUUCUACCCCAAUGAUAUUCUCAACAGCCCUAAGUUGGCACAGGAGCUCCAGGGUAUCAGGCUUGGGAGCCUCCUGCCCCCAAAGCAGAUCCGACUGCUGGAGGCCGUGUUCCUGUCCAAUGAGGUGACCAAUGUGAAGCAGCUCAUGACCCGGGCUUUGGAGCUAGAGUCUCAGCGCUGGGCCCAGGAUGUGGCUCCCCAGAGCCUGGAUGGCCGCCGUCACAGUGAAUUGGCCAUCGACAUUCUCCAGAUCAUUUCACAAGGCCAGACCAAGGCUGAGAACAUCACUUCCGAUGUGGGGAUGCAGAUUAAGCAGUUGCUACUGGUGGAGCUGGCUGCGCUACUGAGGAGCUACCAGCGUGUCUUUGAUGAGUUUCUAGAGAAAAGCAAACUGCUGAGAAAUUAUAGAGUCAACAUCAUCGCCAACAUCAACAACUGCCUGUCCUUCCGGACUUCUGUGGAACAGAGGUGGCAGAUACCUCAGGAUUCUCUGAAUCGUCUGGUGGAGCCUUUGAAAGACCUCAAGGCUCACGGCUUCGACACCCUGCUCCAGAGCCUAUUUUCAGACCUGAAGCCACUGUUUAAGAAGUUCACACAGACCCGCUGGGCAAAGCCAGUUGAGACCCUGGAGGAAAUCAUCGCUACUGUGGGCGUCAGCCUGCCCGAAUUCUCAGAGCUGCAGGACUGUUUCCGGGAGGAGCUCAUGGAGGCCGUGCACCUGCACCUGGUAAAGGAAUACAUCAUCCGGCUCAGCAAACGGCGCCUGGUCCUCAAGACCGCAGAGCAGCAGCAGCAGCUGGCAAAGCACAUCCUCGCCAAUGCGGACACCAUUCAGCACUUCUGCACUGAGAAUGGCUCCACUGCAACCUGGCUGCACGCUGCCCUCCCUACGAUCUCUGAGAUUAUUCGCCUGCAAGAUCCCAGUGCCAUCAAGAUCGAGGUGGCCACAUAUGCCACUUGGUACCCCGACUUCAGCAAAGGCCACCUGAACGCCAUCCUGGCUAUCAAGGGCAAUCUACCAAGCAGUGAAGUCAGGAGCAUCCGGAACAUACUGGACAUCAACACAGGAGUGCAGGAGCUUUCCAGGCCCCUGUUCUCACUUAUAAAAGUUACUUAGCUUUUCCAAAGGUCUGAUAUGCUAAUGAGACCCAGGGAACAUCAGGCACCACUCCAGCUGGGGAUGUUCAAUGGCCCCAGCUCCGUGACCCCAGCUCCCACAUUCUGCUGCUGCUUCUGCCCAGCCCUGGCUCUGGAACAAGAUCUGGCAGCCAUGAUUGGACAGAUGCUGGUCCAGUGGGGUCCAGACCCCACUAAAGGGAGUUGACGUGUGAGCAUGUGAGAGACUUCUUGCCAGUGAUUAUUCGUCUUGGGUAGAGCGACCUUUGCCUUCCUACACUGUAGUCUGCCUUUUAACGGCCUGAGUAGCCCCGUCCAGCUCCCUAGGGCCAGGGGCAAAGCCUCAUCCCAUUCCCUUCAGCCCAGGGCUGCCAUGGGAGAGAACUGAGAACAAGGGAAGACGGGAGAGAUGGUAUCCUGGGAGGAGGCUUGUGACGUGACAAUGACAGAGCUAGACCCUGCCAAGUGGCUCCUGGUACCACUCAGCUAGGAGGACUCUCCUACUCACUUCCCAUGGGCUGCCCCUCUGUGUGUAUAUGUGUGGGGAGUGACCCCAGAAGCCUUGGCAGAGCAGGGACCUCCUGGGUUCUCUCAGAUUGAAUCUUCUCCCAUCUAGGAAUAAGCCAGAGGGCUGCCUUUGUGGGGCCCACCCUCUGAAGUCUGGUGGGAAUGCAGGGGUCUGGCCAGGGCUUUAUUAGCUUCCUGUGGGUGCUGUACUAAGUUCCCGCACCAAGUGGUUUUGAACUUUUCCUUCAGUUCUGCAAAUCAGAAGUCUGAUAUAGGACUGAAAUCUAAAUGUGGUCAGGGCCCACUGUUUCUCGAAGCCCCAGGGAGAGGCAUUUCCUGGUCUUUCCCAGUCUUGAGAGGUCGCCCACUUUUGUUUUUGGUCUGAGGUCCUUCUGCCUUCAGAGCCAGGGACAGGCUACAUAUGUCCCUCGUGCCACCAGUCUCCACUGGUUCGGAUCCCACUGUGACCGCAGUGAAUCUGCCUGGAGAUUAAGCAGCAGCCUCGAUUCGGGCCGUUAACUCCUGUCACCCAGUAGUCAUUGGCCAUGGGGACCAGAGUAUCCCGCGGGGUCUAUCCUGGAAAACAGGAACACGGUUUGCCAGCAAGGCACCUGCUACACCACAGACCCUGCUCCCGUCCAGCCAUGAAAGCCUUGCUCAGCCCUGACCCAGGCUUGCUUCCUCAUGGUUCGAGGCUGGGAUCUGAAGUCUCUCCUCUGUCCCCUUUCCCAGGUACUUGCUUUACCAAGCUGGCCAGGGCAAGCAAUGCACACAGCCUUUGUACACUUGUAGACGUUAGCUUGUCGAUGACAUUAAUAUUGUGAAUUAUUUUUAUAGUGUUGAUUUUGUAUGCAUGUACUCAGGACAGAAUCCAGAGAUUUUAUAUAUAUAUAGCUUGAUAUAAAACAGAUUUCAUAAGUG